GGCAAGAAAUUCCAUACAGUUUGAUAGCGAGCAUGCGCACUAGACUGGUUAAAUGGCCGUUAAAGAACACUGAACAACUUUUUUAAGAAAACGUGAGGGACUUCUGUCAUCUUUGUCAUUUUUAAGAAAGAUCGAGAUUCCCUCUGAAUUCCCAAAUAUCUAGAUUUUCUCUUUGGUUAAAGAACAAGAAAAAUAGAUAUUCCCGAGCUUUGUUGUGCAUCAUCUAGGCGGUUCCAACUCUAAACGAAAGUUUUCAUCGUUAAGCCAAAGCAAAAUAAGGCAGCCAUGCGAAUAUUGCUAAAAUUAUGAAUUAGUGCUGCUGGUUUCGUCAAUUUACAACACAUUUUGACAGUUCCCAAAUAUCUGAAACUCGAGUUUGGAUCAAAAGGAAUGGUUUUAUGUACAAAAAUAUGACUUACAGUUUUACUUUCCCAGUUCCAUAACGAKCCAAAAAGGACAAUGGAUGUCCAAUCGAGAGUUUCCUUGAGUAUCAUUGUUGUUUGUUGAGCGUGGCGCGCGCGUUAAGCAUGAAAACAACCAAAAUCGGUGAAGUCUUCUUGAUUCCCUCCGCCAUUUUUUAAACCCCAGUCUUCCAAACAAGGCCUCUAAUCCGGGCUAUUUUGUCCGGKAUAUAAUAAGAGAUUGGUAAAGAAUUAUUGUAUCCAUGGUAUCGGGGGUACCCACCAAACAAAAGAACAAACAAUCGUCCGGCGCUCGCUCAGCAUGUCAGACGUACUGACGAAGUACAACAAAUUAUUAUUGAAUAAAAACCUAGAAGAUGUUGACAUUACCGAGUCCGAAUUUCACUACGCAUAUAAUAGAAGAAGUCAGGAUGCAGUAGUAGGGCUUAGGAUUCCUUUCCCGUUGCUGAAGCUGUGGAAUAGUUUGGUGAAAGAUGAGGAGAUUGGGGAGGUGAAGUAUGUGGACUUGUUGGAGUGGAGUAUACGAGGUAAUGCGUUUGUUUUUGUUGACGAUCAGGACAUUAGAAAUGAAAUCAACGGACAUAUAGAAAAGUUAUCAGGUAUUGUCAACACACAGUACAAAUCAACGAAAGGGAGAGCACGGAGACAGCUUGAUGAGAGAUCAAAAAUAUUUCAUGUAAAGAAAGAAUAUUUAAAGUCAGUUAGUCAGUGGAGAGAGGAGGUAGAACAUUUAGAAAACAAGAUAGAAGAAUGGAGAAAGAAUUACAGUAAUCUUGAAAAGUCUAUCAGAGAUCUGUAUAGCUCUUUAGUUCAGGAAAUCAGAGCGAAAAAUAAAGAAAUACAAGAUUUGAAAAAUGUAAACAAAGAGCUUCAAGACUACAYAACAAAACUUGAAGGUCGAGUAUAUAAAGGAAAAACAUUAUCUGAAUCUAAAAACAAAAACAGAACUCUUAAGUCUUUUUUAACUAGAGCUCAAGCAGCCCUAUGGUUUUCUCGUUGGUUUSGGAUAGAAGUAGAGGCAGUGGUGAUAAAGGAUGGAUCUGGGGAUGUAAGGAGAUUGGACUUGACUGGAGAGAAGGCUGAUGCAGAUAUUGGGGAUGAAGAUGAUGGUGAUAAAGGUUUUGAAAGAUUGUCUAAAGAAGAAAAGGAAAAGGUCGAGAAGGUGUUGUUUUUGUUAGAUAAGUUUUGUGUUGGCGAUAUGUUUUACCAUGAAUUUUCUUUUAUUUGUGAUGGUCUACCAAAGUCCUACCUAAUUAAACAAUGCAGAGAAAAUUUCAACAACAUGUGCCAUAUAACUUCACUUCCUGGUUCCCAUAAUGGUUGCCAAGUCAACUCUGUUACUGAUAUUCUUAAAGAAAGUAUUGUUGAUUUUUUGAAAACUAACCCUUUUUCUACAAGCCAAGAUAAAUUAAAGAUUAAAAUAAAUGGUGAUGGUGCUAGAAUGACAAGAAAUAGUAACUUCAUUAUCCUUUCCUUUUCUCUUCUUCAAGCUGGACAAGAUGUCAUGUCAGCUAAAGGGAACAGAACUAUUGCCAUUGUUGACUCAGGGGAGGACUAUUUUACCUUAAAAGAAGCCUUUGCUGCUGUUUUUGAAGAAUUGAACAACCUUAUAAGUUCUGGGGUUAUUGAAGUAGAUGGAAAGAAGUUAAAUACUGAGUUUUUUCUGGGUGGGGAUUAUAAAUUUAUUUUAAUGAUGCUUGGCUUGAAAGGAGCAACAUCAGAGUAUGCCUGUGCUUGGUGCAAAACACCAAAGAAUGAGAGAUGGGAUGUGAGUAAAUCUUAUAAAACCUUCAAUUUGCCUCCAAUAAAAAGAACACUUCAAGAAAUCAGAAAUAAAAGUAAACAGAAACCUACAAAAGUCAAUAAGUAUAAUUACAGUUGUGAACAUGAACCUUUGAUUAAUAUUGAUCUGGACCACAUCAUUGUAGAUGAACUUCAUUUAAUGUUACGAAUAACCGAUAGACUGCUUGCUAAUUUAAUUAAUCAUGCUUUGGACUGGGAUGUGUCCGAGGAGCUAGACAGGGUGAGAGGACAGGAGAGAGGUGUACAUUUGAAGAGAACAGUUGAAUUCAUAAGAUCACUGGGAAUUUCAUUUAAUGUUUGGGAAGUGAAAAAUGCAGAUGGGACAAGGUCAAGUGGGAGGUAUGAUUGGACAAGUCUGAUGGGGGAUGAUAAAAAGAAACUUUUAUAUGGAUUCACAGAAAAAGAAGGUGCACUGCAGCUAUUUCAGAAGCCWGAGGUAGGAAAAAUCUUCUUAAAAAUCUGGAAAGAGUUUGCCAAUUUAUAUAGUGUAAUAACAACAUGGUCACCAGACACCACUCCUCAUCAGAUCUGGAAAAUGGCAGCAUCUUGGGUGAAGCUUUUCUUAACUUUAAAUGGAAAAUUGAAAGGCCAUGAAAAGAGCAGAGUAACCCCAUACAUGCAUAUCUUGGUUGCACAUGUACCACAUUUUUUUGAAUUAUAUAAAUCUAUAAAAGUUUUCACUGGCCAAGGAGUUGAAAAGAAUAAUGAUGUGGCAAGGAGUGUUGUACUAAGAAAAUCCAACAAGUGGGAUGCAMCAGGGGACAUAUUAAGAGUGGAGAGUAGGCAGUGGCAGUUACGAUCACAUGAAAGAAAAAGAAGAAAUUAUACUAAAAGGCAAUCUUCUUACUGGAAUGAAGAAAUCAAAAACAAAAGGAAGAAAAAAUGAUUAUUAAAAAUAUAUUUGAAUAUCUAUUAUUUAAUUUCUAUUAUUCAUAAGCAAUUUGCAUAUAAUUUGAAACUUAAUUUUUUAUUAUUUUUCAUAUAAUUUAACUUUUUGCCAUAUCUGGAAUGUACACUUUUUGAUCCACCAGUUAUAAGCAGAGCUAAAAGAAAUUUGUUGUGUUUGACUUAAUUUAUAAUUUUAGACAGAUGUUUAUCAAUUGCAAAGUGUUUAUGCAGUAAUAGAAAAAAGAUAUAUUCUAGCAUCCAUUAUAAUUACACAAAUGAUC